AAGCGCUGGGACAGACCUCACCCCCUCCGCGUGACCAGCUCCGGCCGGCAGUCACGUGCUCAGCCAAGAUGGCGGCGCUCAGAGCAGCGGUGCUGGCGCUGCGCCUGUGCUGCGCGGCGGCCGCCGUCCCCCUCGUUAUCUGGCACGGGAUGGGAGACACUUGCUGCAACCCGCUAAGCAUGGGCUACAUUAAAAAGAUAGUGGAGAGUAAAAUACCAGGGAUUUAUGUUGUGUCUCUGAAGAUUGGAAGCAACCUGAUACAGGAUAUGGAGAACAGCUUCUUCAUGAACGCAAACGACCAGGUGAGAGAGGUGUGCAGCCAGCUGGCAAAGGACCCUCACCUCAAAGGAGGCUACAAUUCAAUGGGCUUCUCCCAGGGAGGCCAGUUCCUGCGGGCGGUGGCCCAGAGGUGUCCUUCUCCUCCCAUGCUCAAUCUGAUCUCCAUUGGGGGACAGCACCAAGGCGUCUACGGCUUCCCUCGCUGUCCUGGGGAGAGCUCCCGUAUCUGUGACUGGAUCCGAAAGACGCUGGAUCUCGGUGCUUACACACAGGCUGUUCAGGAGCACUUGGUGCAAGCAGAGUACUGGCAUGAUCCGCUGAAGGAGGAUGACUACAGGAAAAACAGCAUCUUUUUGGCUGACAUAAACCAGGAGAGGGGCAUCAAUGAGACCUACAAGAAAAACCUGAUGGCUCUGAAGAAGUUUGUGAUGGUGAGGUUUCUCAAUGAUACCAUGGUCGACCCCCCGAUCUCCGAGUGGUUUGGGUUUUACAGAAGUGGCCAAGCCAAGGAGACCAUCCCACUGAAGGAGAGCUCGCUGUACACAGAGGAUCGCCUGGGGCUGCAGGAGAUGGACAAAGCAGGGAAGUUGGUGUUCCUGGGGGUGAAGGGGGAUCACCUCCACUUCUCCGAAGAGUGGUUCUACACCUCCAUCCUCCCCUUCCUCCAGUGAAGCAAAGGGGAGGGCCCUGUGAGAGCACUGGGGGGGGUUCCACCACUGUAGUUAAAGCAGCUGCUAUGGGGCAAUGGCACUUUCCAUGUAGAGCCUGCAAGGAUCUGGGGAAGGGGAGGAAGAGGGCCCUUAGCUCAGCAGCUC